AUGGACGGGAGCAAGUACAGACCAAAAGGCUACGGGAUGGCCAGCAGCGCCGCCAAGAGGCUCCCGUACUUGCUGCUGCUUCUGGUGUUCCUCACCGCUGCGGGGCUGAGCGUCGUCGUCAUGCACAAGGUGAGGGAGCAGCGCGUUUUCGCUGUUCUUAUCCAGGAACGUGAUGGGAAGGUCAUCUCCCUUCGAGCCCUCCUCCAGAAAGAGAAAGCAUACAGCAAAGAGACGAAGAGGAAGGUGGAAGAAAUGAAGGCCACAAUAUCUUCCCUAAGAACUCAAAAGACAGACCUGAAAACAAAGCUCAAGGGGCUGGAAGCCACGGCCACGAACCUUAAGACCACGCAGAAAGAACUCGAAUCAUCUCUCAAAGAGAAAGACAGCCGCAUCAGCCAAAUGGAAGAGACAGCCUCAGAUCUUCACAGCACCCGAAAAGAACUGGAAACGUCUCUCAAGGAAAGAGACAGACGCAUCAAACAAAUGGAAGAGAAAGCCACAAAUCUUCAGAAAACUCAGAAAGAACAGGAAGUAUCUCUCAAAGAAAGAGACAUCCGCAUCAAACUACUGGAGGAGAAAGCCACCGCGGAGUCAAACCAUGACCAAAUGGCAGCUCUUAUGGAAAUCCUGCAGCGGAAGGAAGCCGAGCUCGAAGAGAUCAAGACCAGGUUCCAGGGAAGAAAGGAUCCAAGCAGUAAGAGAACUCCUGAACAAACAAACAAAGCACACACAACACCUACCAUUGUAGUAGCAGGAAAUCUUACAAACUCCAGUGAUACUACAAUACCUGCUACAUUAGAAGAGAAGAGAGCUGGCAACACCACAGUUACAGAAAGCAAACAUCAGAAACAAAAGGCUAGAUCAUUAGAAGAAAAGAAGGUGAAGCUUGCGGGCGACAUAGAAGUUGAUGACCUGCAAGAUACAACAAGUGAUGAUUUUUUAGAUAUAGAUGAUAUUUAUGGAGACAGCCAUUCCAAGAAGUCUGAAUUUCCUCGGCGGAACAAUAAUGAUUUGAUGAACAGUCAUGUCGACAACCAAAAGUCAAGGCACUCCCCGAACCAGGACAGUGAUCAUCUCAGAUCUAACAAGCUGCUGAAGAAGGAAAACAGCAAAGCAGAUGAAACCAAGAAGGAUAGUACUGCUGGACACUUGGAGGAGAAGAGCUCCAAAAACAGCUUAAGCAAUGCAGACCUAGACAGACCGAAACAAGGGGCAAAAGAGAUGGCUGGUGCGGCCAAUGUUAAACCCAAUGUGCCUGCAAAUGAUGAUGCAACGCAACAGCAAAACAAGAGGCAGAAAAACAAAAAGUCCAAAACCAAGAAGAUAAAGAUGAUUGAUACUCCAACUAUUAAUGGCAAUGGAGAAGUUACAAAAGAGAGGUAA